GCCCACAACGUGAGUGGCUGGCUGCUUGCUGUUGUUCUGAAAGGGCUCUGGUGUAAAUGUUACAAAAACCUGUGAAGAGUAACAUAGUUAUUGCUGGCUAAAGUGAUACAUUGUUCACAUUUCUACAUCCUGAGUUCGUUACAGUUGUAUCAUAUCAACAUGGAUAGAACAGUCAGCCUGCCAAAUCAACCAGACAAGACGACAGUGGUAACACUGGUGGAGACGAGUAAGGCACCUGGCGGACUGGAACUUGUGAGCUCCUAUCAAACGAAUAGGGUUGGUGAUCCCAUGGAUUUGGUAUGCCUGGCACAGGUAGUACAGAAGGCUGACGAAUUUGUUCGAGCCAACGCUUGUAAUAAGCUGACGGUCAUUGCAGACCAAAUCCGCUAUCUACAGGAGCAAGCUCGUAAGGUUCUAGAGGAGGCUAAACAGGAUGCCGACCUUCACCAUGCCGCCUGCAACGUAGUAAAGAAACCUGGCAACAUGUAUUACCUUUACCUGCGUGAGUCUGGACAGCGAUACUUCUCCAUCAUAUCACCUCAGGAUUGGGGAGUCAGUUGUCCACACAAGUUCCUUGGUGCCUAUAAAUUACAGUAUGACAUGUCCUGGACCCCGAUAGAGGAUGUGCAGAAGAAGGAUGAAGAGCUCGCCAUCUUUGAGAAACUCUUGAAUCGGCAGGCUGCGCUACCUGCCGCCAACGAGCCCAACUUCGAUGGUCUCUCCUCCUAAUGAAAAUGAAUGACAGACUCUUUCUCCUGUAGUCUUAAUUAUGAACUGAGGAGGUGGUUAUGCAUUGCAUAACAUACCUUUGCUUUAUCUGAAGCUGCAGAAUUGGGACCCUGCUUUCUGUUCAGGCAAGAUGAGAAGGAUUGGGCUUGACACUUGUGAAGCCUGUGCACCUUCAGAUCACGGUCAGCUCGUUCAAUAUACGACAGUCUUGGAGUCGAGCAUUAAUAUUAUAUAUACAGUAGCAGGUUUUUUUGGAAAUAGGGCAUUGCAAUGUUGCUUUUAUGUUGUAUUUUAUAAAUGAACAUCAAACAAUGCUGUGUCUCUUUACUGUUAUAAUGCUGCAUAUUCAGUCUUAGCUGAGUCACAAUGAAGUGUGUUCAGAUUGUUUUGCACUCUUUACUCUCAUCACAAUAAUAAAUGAAUAUAAUAAGUGUUA